AUGAAGCCAGCAAAAGUGAAAAUUAAGGAUCAACCACAAAAUUCCUCAUUUAAUGAAAAGAGGAAAAGUAAACAGGGCUAUGAACCUGGGCAUAUGCUUUUAUUGCCUUCAGUUCCAACAGAAUCUGUUGCACAGUACUCUUUAGCCCUUCCAUCAACAAAUAAAGAUAGAUCGCUAGAUGAAAUGGACGUGCUUAAGAAUAUCACUGUGCAUCUAAAUGAGAAGGAAGAACAUGAAGAUAUGACUACUUUCCUGAUAUGUUGUUCACAAGUCAGUAACCAGUUAGACUGUGCACUUCGUGAAGAAAAACAAAUAUUAGAGUCAUUGCUUCAGUGGUUUGAAAAGGAGGUCCAUGAGAUGGAAGAGAUAGGCGAGGAAGAACUUAUUCCAGAUUGGCAAGUUCCGGUAGCUGAUAAAAACAUAUCAAAUAACAUUAAUAAAUUAAUGAACCGCAUCCAAAAGCUUGAAGAUUUGAAAGGCCGUAUUCAAGAACUGCCCAAGCUUAUCCAGCUUUCUGCUCCGAAACAUGAAAAGAAAAAACCAUUAGGCCCUGUGGCUCCUGCUCCAAAAGACCCAAAACAUAUUCUUGAAGAACUUGCUAUGAAACAUGCAACUGAGGAUGUAAUGAAUAUGGUACAAGUUUUCCAAGAUGAUACAGGCCAACAAACAAUGGACUCAAUGAAUAAUCGCAUCCUAGAAAUAAUGAAAGUAUUUGAAAGACAGACAAACAAGUUACACAGAGUUUCAAAUGAACAGGAUGUGCUGGAAGGUAAAUUACAGAAGAUUCAACAAGAAUUUCGAAAGCUUGCAGAAGAGAAGGAGAUAAUGGAGGAUGAACUUCAAAAGAUGAAAGGUUCAGAGCAAGAAAAAGGAGCGCAAGAUACAAGGAAAAAAAUGUUAUCAAAACUGGAAAAAGAAAAAGAAAAAGUUGAAGAAAAACCACCUCAUGUAAUUGUAGAAAAACCAACUCCCAUUCCUUUAAAGCACAAAGACGCUGAAAACCAAAAAGUGAAAGAAGAACUAGCUAAAGCUCAGGCAAGUAUUCAGACUCUUGAACAAGAGAAGAAAAUGCUUGAAGAGAAACUACAGAAAGCUUUAGAGGAAGCAGAGAUGGCUAAGAUUCAUCUUGCUGAAGUACCUCCAACUAUUCCAGAUUGGCAAUUCCCUCAUAUAGAAAUUGAAGAUGAAAAAGAUGUACAGAAGAAAGGCAAAAAAGGAACAAAACCUAAAGGAACAGAUGUACAAAAAAUGGCUGUCAGUGGACCUGACACAGGAAAAGCAGGAGAAACAUUUCCAGCAAAAGAUGUGAAACAGGAAGGUCAGGAAAAAGAAUCUGAAAAAAGGAUGGAAGAAUCACGGAAAACAAAAGCAGGGAAAUCAGAAGGAGCUGAUUCCAAAACUGUGAAAGCCAAAGAUUCUGCAGAAAUAAGAAAACGACGUCAAGCAACAAAAGGUGCGGAGAAAAAAACAUAUGACAGUCCUGUUUCAAAACUCCCACCAUCACCUCCAAUUGAAGAAAAGCGGUUGCCUGCUUUAACAAAAGUUGUGGAAGAAACUGUGUCAGAAACCUUAGAUAAGUCUCCUGAGGAAGUGCUUCCACCUGACUCAAAAAAAAGAAAAACCACCUCUCCUGAACUUAACGUCCCAGAAGAGACAACAAGUUUGCCCACGAGUGAGCAGGAAGCUUCAUCGCUUCUUUCAGAAAUCAAAAUGGAAGAUGCAGCUCAACCUAAGACUAUUAUGAGAGAUACUGAAAGGAUACCAGCAGCUAUCAGUCCAGAACAGGCUUCCACUUUACAAAAAGAAAUCCCACAAACGGACAUAGAUUCUUCAGGUAUUGAAGAGGCUGGAACUAAGAAUUUGAUUAAUAAAAAGAUGGAUCAGCUUGCAAACAAUUUGGCAGAGCUGAAAGGAGUUCCUGAAGCAGAAACUUUAGCCAAACUUUUGCUAGAGCCUGGCAAAGGCAUGGAAUUAUUAUCAGAUGAACAAAGACUUCAGUUACUAAAUCAGCUGAUACCUCCAGAUGGACUCCAGCCACUUGGUAAACCAGAAGAAGAACAAACAGAACAGAAAAGGCAGCUACUGUCAAAAGUAGUAUCAACUCUCCAGCUUCUACAGCAAGCACAUGUUUCUGAAGAUGGCUUAUCAGAGGAAGAAAUGAAUGAGAUGGCAGACAAAAAAAGAGCCUUACUUGCAAAUCUGGACUCAAAUCUUAAGCUUCUUCAACCAGCAGAAGCUGUUAGACCAAGGCAACAAGACAUUGACAAUGAGAUUAACAAGCUGUCAGAAAAAGGAAGCCAUUUGCGUGCAACCUUGGAAUCAAAUAUGAGAGAUUUGGAAGAAGCGCAAGCUCUUGCAGCUACCGAGCCAUCAGAAAUGAAUGAGAAUAAAGUGAAGGAGUUACUACAACAAAGAGAACUGUUGACUGCAGAUUUAGAGCAGAAUAUGCAGGACCUGCAAACUACAAAAGCUCUUGCAGCUGUCUUAGAAGAAAAAGCUAAGCCUGAGCAAAGACUUCAGGAACUUUCUGAGCUAAGACAACAUUUGGCUGAAGAGCUAAAGGAUCUAAAGGAAACUAUGCAAGAUAUGGAAGAAAUAGAGCUUCAGGCUUCACAAAGAGCUUUGUUUCUAAUGCCCAGUGAAAAGGGAUUAAAUGAAUUGUAUGAGCUAACUGAAAAGAAGCAACUGUUACUAGAGAAGUUGGCAUCUACUAAGAAAGAACUACAAGAAGCUCAGGAACUUGCAGCUACUCAACCAGGGAGUGUUAGUGAGCAUAAGCUGCAGGAGUUAGCUGAACAAAAAAUACAUCUGACUGCAGAUCUUGAGGCAACUUUGGAUGGUAUACAAAAUGUAUAUCGUCGUGCUUCAGAAAGAACUGUGUUUGUACGACCUACUGAAAGAAAAGUAUAUGAACUAUCAGAGAAGAAACAAGAGUUAUUGGAAAAGUUGGAAUCUAAUCGGAAGCAGCUAGAAGCGGCUCAUGCACUUGCCAUUGCUCAACCUGGCAGUAUCAGUGAUCAUAAGCUGCAAGAGCUAGUUGAACAAAGAAGAUGCUUAACUGCAGAACUAGAUUCAACUGUGCAUGAGAUGCAAGAAGCACAGGAUAGUGUCUCAGAAGGAUUUGCAUUUAUUGCUGGUAAGGAAUUAUAUGAGCUGUCUGCAAAGAAGCAAGAGUUACAGCAAAAGUUGGAAUCUAAUCAGAAGGAGCUACUAGAAGCCCAGGCUCUUGCAGUUGCCGAGCCAGGCAGUAUCAGUGAGACUAAACUACAGGAGCUAGCUGAGCAAAAAGAACUCUUGUCUAAAGAACUAGAGGAAACAGUACGUGAUAUAGAAGAAGCAAAGGAUCGUGUUUCAGAAAGAGCUCUAGCUGGAAAACCUCCUGAAAUGGAAUUGUACGGUUUAUCAGUGAAGAAGGAAAUGUUGCAGGAAAUGUUGGAAGCCAACCAGAAAGAGCUAGAAGAAGCCCUGGCUCUUGCAGCUGCUGAACCAGGCAGUGUCAGUGAGCAUAAACUACAGGAGCUUGCUGAACAAAGAAAAAAACUGACUGCAGAACUAAAAGCAACAGUAUACAAUAUAAAAAAAGCACAACGCCGUGCAUCACAAAGAUCUGCACUUGAACCACCUGCAGAAAGAGAAUUAUUUGAACUAGCUGUUAAGAAGCAGCUUUUACAGGCCGACUUGGAAUCCAAUUGGAAAGAGCUACAGGAAGCUCAGGCUCUUGCAGUUACUGAACCAGGCAGUAUCAGUGAACAUAAACUACAGCAGCUCACUGAGGAAACAAGACUCCUGACUCUAGAUCUAAUGGAAACUAUGAACAAUAUGCAAAAUGUUGAACGCCGUGCUUCAGAAAGGGCACUGAUUGAAACACCCACUGGAAGGAAGUUCUAUGAUCUCUUGGAGAAGAAGCAACAGUUGGAGGCAAAUUUGGAAUCCAACUGGGAAAAGCUACAAGAAGUUGAGGCUCUUGCAGCUACCCAGCCAGGAAUUAUCAGUGAGCGUAAACUAGAGGAACUGGCUGAAGAAAGAAAGCGUUUGACUAAAGAACUAGAUGCAACUGCAGAAGAUAUAUUGGAAGCUCAUCGCCAGGCUUCAGAAAAAGCUCUGUUUAGGAAACCUGCUGAAAAAGAUUUAUAUGCACUGUCAGAGAAGAAACAAAUGUUACUUGAAAAUUUGAAAGGGCUGCAAGAAGCUCAGGCUCUUGCAGCAACCCAAUCUGGCAUUGUUGGUGAGGAGAAACGGAAGCAGCUUGCUGAGCAAAAACAACGUUUGGCUGCCGAUCUAGAGGCAACUAUGCAUGAUAUACAAAAGGCACAGCGUCAUGUUUCAGCAGUGCCUACAACUAUGUCACCUAGUGAAAAUGAAUUAUAUGAACUAUCGGAGAAGAAAUCUCUGAUACUGGAAAAUUUGGCAUUCAAUCGGAAACAGCUGCAGGAAGCUCAGGCACUUGCUGCUUUGCAUCCAGGCACUGUCAGUGACCAUAAAUUAGAAGAAUUAGCUCAAGAAAGAAAGCGUUUGACUGAAGAUCUAAGAGAAGCUGUGCAGAGUCUACAUGAAAUACAGCGGCGUUCUUCACAAAAAGGACAGAUUGAUUCUGUUGAAGAAGAAUUAGAAGAAUUGGCUAUGAAGAAGAAACAGUUGCUGCAAAAGUUGGAAUCCAAUCAGAAAUUACUAGAAGAAGCUGAAGUUCUUGAAGCUACUCAGCCAGGCACAAUCACUAAGAAUAAACUAAAGGAGGUAGCUGAGGAAAGAAAACGUUUGACUGAAGAACUAGAAGAAAUUCUACACAAGAUGUUACUGAAAGAAGUACAGCAUCAUGUUUCAAAACCAACUGAAAAGGAGUUAUAUAAACUGUCAGAGUGGAAGCAACAUUUAUUGGACAAUUUGGAAUCCAACAUGAAAGAGCUAGAAGAAGCUUUGGCUCUUGCAGCUACCCGACCAGAUAAUCUAUUAGAGAAGUUAAAUGAGGAAAGAAGAACUUUGAUUAAAAACCUGGAAAAAGUUGUGGAAGAUUCACAGAAAAUGAAAUCUCGUCUUUUUGAGACAGGUGGAGUAAUAAAACCCAUUGAAAGGGAUUUAAGUCAUCUUUUACAGAAGAAAAAACUGUUUUUGGAACGCUUGGACUCAAAUCUCAAAAACUGGCUAGAAGCACAAAAACUUGCAGCUACUCAACCAAGCAGUACCAAUGAGAAAAAAUUUAAACACCUCACUGAAGAAAGAAGGCUUUUGGCUGCAGGCCUGGAAGCAGUUAUUCAAGAUAUACAAAAUAUACAGGAUGCUGAUCCAGAAAAACAAAUAAAAGCCAGAGAAAUGGCCUUGAAACAACUAUAUGAAAAAAAGAGAGUGUUUUUGGAAAAUUUGAAAACAAAUUUUAAAGAACUGCGAGAAGCCCAGGCUCUUGCAGCUGCCGAGCCAGGUGGUAUCAGUGAGCUAAAGGUACAAGAGCUAAUUCACCAAAGAAGACUUUUGACUGUAGGUUUAGAUGCAAUUAUGCAAAGCAUGGAAGAGAUAGAAAAUCUAAUUGCAGGCAAUGUGGAAAUAGCAAAACCCAGUGAAAUUGAAUUAGACAAAAUAUAUGAGAAAAGAACAUUGCUUUUGGAAAAUAUGGAAUUAAAUCUGCAAGAGCUGAAAGACCUUGCAAAAGAUGAAGUGAGUGAGAAGAAAAUACAGGUGAUACGUGAGAAAAGAAACCGUUUGGUUUCUAGUUUUGAGGCAAUUCUUCAAAAUAUGGAAGAAGCACUUAGUUUAGACCAAAAAGCAAGGACAAGACCUGAUGAGAGAAAUAUAAGUGAUCUCAUAGAACUUUCCAAUCUAGAAUCAAAACUGGAUGAGAUGCAAAAUUUAGGAGUUUUUUCAAGCUUUCAACUGGAUAAUAUAAGAAAAAAAAUGUACAAACUAAAAGAACAAAAAAAGAAAUUGAUUAGUAAAUGGGAAAAACAGUUUCUAAAAGAGUAUCCAGAAGGGUAUAUACCUGAACCCACCAGAAAAGUCAAAACACCCAAAGAAUUAGCUGGAAAAGGUUUGUUCUCAUAUUUGCAAUCAAGUAUCAAAGAUCUGCAAGGCAUUAUUCGGCAAGGUAGCGUGUCUGAUGAAGAAUUGGAUAAGCUAGCAGAAGAAAAAAAAAUUGUGGACAGAUAUUUUGAAGAAGUUCCAAUAGAAUUCCUGCCUUCAGAUGUUGCUUCUUUAAGUACACAACAUGAGGAUGAGAAAACGUUAAAAAGAAGGGCUUUGGCUGCAAAAUUGGAGGCAAAUAUAAGAGAUCUUCAAUCUGCUCUUCAAGUAGAUAAAUUAGAAAAACCUAGAUUUGAGCGUGAGUGCAGAGUAAAGGCAAAUUAUAUAGCAGACACAUCUUUUGCUCAAAAAAUUGUGAAUUACACAGUCUUUUGUCCAUGGCUUUUUUCCAGCUGGAACUCACCAGAACCCUUCUGGCCCCUCCCAGUUCUGACCCCUCCCAGGUGUGCGCCAUUGCCUUUAUUACCGAAAAGCGUUUUACGAACAACUGGCAAACGGAAAAUUAGUUUACCUGAGCCAUCAGAUCAGCAGGAAUUGAGACCACAACUUUCAGGGCUGCAGAUACACAUAAGUAAAGUACCUGGUAAGUACAAAACGUGUUAUCUAAAGUAUCGUGUGUGCUUCCAAGGAUGCCCCUUAUACUGUGCAUUAUUUGAUAUGGUUGCUGAGGACCUGAAUGGGUUGGGUUAUGACCCUUGUCACGUGACGGUGGCAGGAGAGCAAAGAACCCUGGGGACUCUAAUCUUCUCUCAGCUAAGUGUUUUUAUCUUCAACAACACUUUAUUUCUACAGUCAUACCUCGGUUUAAGUACGCCCCGGUUUGAGUAUUUUCAGUUUAAGUACUCCGCGGACCUGUCUGGAACGGAUUCCCCCAUUGCGCAAUGGGAACAUAUAGUGGCUAACAGAAUCAAGCCUAGCAGCAAAACAGUAUAUGCAGGAUACGAUACGAAAGUCCAGGAGGAGCAAGACCAACUUCUAAAGAAGGACAUAGAACUGGGAAUAAAAGGACGGCUUCUGGAAGAAUUUCCAGAGAGCAAAGUAUCUUUGCCACAAUUGGAUAGUUCUACUUACCUUCAUGCAAAUUCACACAGACUUGCUUUGGAGGCUGCAAUGCAAGAAAUAUUAGAGUAUAACCAGAAUUUACUUCCAGGCCAUAGAACAAAUCUGCAACAAGCAUUACACCUUGCAAGUUAUCAAUUACAACAAAAACAGCUACAACAACAACGUCAAGCCAAUGCGCUUGCUGAAAAGUUCAGAAAUAUCCCAUUAUUUUUUUCCCCACCACCUGGGACAGCUAGGUUCCAGGACUAUACUAUACCAGGUCAAAAAUCAGGAAACAAGCUGUCACCAAAAAACGUAAAGUAUUGUUAUAUAAACUGUUUCCAUAAAAGUGAUUAUAAUUAUUAUCAGUUACAAAGACAUGUUACAAUGUAUUCAAAACAACAUUGUGUUUUAAGUAAAACACAGUAUUAUAUUAGGUUUUUAUAUAUUUCCUAUGCAGGAUGGGAAACAAAGCAGUUACCACAAAAAGACUACUUCCAAAAGCUUGCAUUAUUAAGACGAAAGAUUUUGGGGCCAGAGAUGAAAGGGGGAGGUCCUUCAGUCACUCAGGAUCAAGAUCAAGAUCAAGAAGAGGACCCAAUUGCUAUUUCUGGAAAAGGAUGCAACCCCUACAAAAAAGUCACCACCUUCCCAGUCAUAAGGCAAAGUUCAAAACAUAAAUGACCUUAUUAAUGUGUUUUUAGAUAUUGAGUCAGUGAUGCAGCCAUCUUAUACAAUUCAUCUUUGCUGAUCUGUGAAAAGGAAACAUGAAAACCUAUGCUGUUGUAUGAAUUUGUUCUGAGAACUUAAUUGUACUGGAACGGCAGUUAAAAUAUAUGAUACCUGAACCACCAAAGCUCUAAUAGUAGUAAUUUUAAAAAAUUGUUUAACAGAUCAUAACUAGGUUGUUUGUGACCAAAGCUACAUACAUUUUUAUUUAGUUAUGGUACAACCAACCCCGUAAUCAGAUGUUUGAAACCAACCAGAUCCUUUGCCCUAGAAUUGAUAACAAAACACAACUACGGUAGAUGUUAGAAGUUACACGACACCAACAGGUAGUGAGUACUGCUGUAAUUCAUGUUAGCUACAGUGCAAAACUUUAGACUAUAUACAUGGUUAGGUAGCCUAGUUAUCAGUCAGUUUCAAGUAUGCUAAGUAGUAGUCUUGGUUCUUUGGGUAUGGAGGAUAACAUCAGCAAUACUGGAUUUUAUGUUCCUGAAAAAUAAAGGUAGCUUCUCCUCCACCCCAUAACAGUGGUGGGAAACCUCUGGUGCAUAGGCCUAAUUAGGGCUGCCAGACCAUUUUGGGCAUACUACACCCAACUUUCCCUGGCCUGACAUCAAAUAUGGUGUCAGAUGUGAUAAAGUUCAAGGUACAGUUAAAAGGAAAAAUCAGGACUACACUCUUAAGUAUGCUCCCAGCUUUUCCUUUGCAUCAAAUGGCUAUGCUUAACUGCCUGGCAUUUGAAUGC